AUGGUACAGUCUGUGGAAGCUAUGGCGCUGGCCAGGGUCUGUACAUGUUGUCGGUCGUUGGUACGUGAGCCUUAUAAAGGAUUGUUUUCUGGUGUUUUACAGCCUGGCUUUAUUGGAGGGUGUGUGGAAGCUAAGAGGCAUCUGUUGUCAGAGGAUAUCAUCAGACUACAAGAAUUCCAGCAGAAGAAGCUGGCUGUGGCUCACCUGGCCUAUGGAUCAAAAGGGAAUUAUAUUGAGGUCUUCAGCCAGAAGCUGCAAAAGAAUGAGCUAAUAUUAAGAGAUGAGCUGAAGCUGCUUCUUCACCUGUGCCAGUCUGCAGAUGACAUAAUGAUUGCCAGAGAUGCAAUGGUCAGGUAUAACGAAGAGAACCGGAACCAGCUUCAGGGAGAUUUUAGGUUUGGCCCUGUCUUCAUGAGACAGUGCUAUGAGCUGGGGAUGGUGGAAUUGGCUGCUGCUACAGUAACAGAUAAGAAUAUGAGAGGAUUUUUCAAGGAUGCUACCUCCUUCAACAUCGCUAUAGAUAUGCUAUUCACAAAAGGCUCUUAUGAAUAUGCUUUGGAGGUUCUAAGAACCAUGAAUAGUCAGGGUAUACCAUUCAACAAAGACACGCUGAUACUGGCUUCUGGCACCUGCUACAAACUGAACACGGCAGAGUCAUACAAGAUUUGUUUGGCUCUGAUAGAAGAGGGACAGACUAAAGGAAACUUCAUCCCCAGACAAGCUUUCUGCUUUGCUGUAGCAUUAGCAGUCAGACAGAAUGACAUUGAAAAAGCCAAGUUUUUGUACUUGCAGAUAAUGAACACUGACAGCAGGUUAUGCCAGAAUUUAAAGCUCGUACUACAGAUAGUGUCAGGAGAACUGAAAGAUGCCAUCGCCAAGCUGUCUGCAGCCGUGUUGCACAAAAGUCCACCGUUUGUGAAGAAGCCUGAAUUUUCUCAGGAGGUGAUCGAUGUGCUACGUUUGCAGAGUGAGGACGGACCUCUGAUGAUGAAAGUGGAGCAGGUAGUGACUCAGCUGGAGCAAGCUGAUCAGGUGACCCAGCAGACCCUCGACGACAUGCUGUGUCGCACACCGUCAGGGAAGAGGAAACCAGCGCCAAUAACGAUUGAGAGGAGAACAAGCAGAAGAACUCUAAAGCCUCUGCAGUCCACUCUGCUGUUAGAGUGAGAUGAGCUGUGGGAACUACAGCGUUCACUAAAAGAUCUGGUUCGAAUGGUCAGAUAGUGUAAACGCUGGCUGGACAGGACUUUGAUAGAUUGCUUUAUCUACCUCUGCUCACACACUAAUACAGUCAUCCUUCUGCAGUUGAGAAUUUUGAGCAUUUCUCUUCACGAAAUUUAAUCAAAAAGGUCACGGUUCAGUUUGUGCUUCAACAGAGAAAAAAAAUGCACACGUAAACCAGUAUGGAUUUCCUUGCAAUAAGUCUUUAAUGAAGAAUGUGUUGUAACUUGAAGGGUGGAUUAUUGUUCAAAGAUAAAUGGGAUAUUUA